AUGUCGGCAAACAGAUACUUUACAAUGACAUCAAACACUGUAGAAUCAGUAAACACGGUUACAAAGGCAGCUAAGAAUUACCCCAUUGUAUUCUUGCUGGAGUCAUUACGACAAACAGUACAAAAUUGGUUCUGUAAACAUAGAGACGAAGCGCAUGGAACUUUCACGAUGUUGACUAGCAAGUUCGAGAACGUCAUGAGGAGAAUGAGUUCAGAAUUAAGGAACUUGAGGGUAUCUCCUUCCAACCAAACAGUGUUCUCCGUGAGCGAUGAAAGGACAUUUGUUGUUGACAUUGAGCAACGUACAUGCACUUGCAGGAUGAUGCAGGUCGAUCUGAUGCCUUGUCCACAUGCAUUGGCUAUAAUUGCACAUACAAAAAAGGAUGCAUAUUCUUAUUGUUCCUAUUAUUACACAAAGGAUGCAUAUGUAAAUGCUAACGAAAGUUCGGUAUAUCCUGUUGGAAAUCCAGAUGAAUGA